UCAUGCUUAGCCAGAUAGCUAAGAUGGGAAGUCCCAAUCGCCUCUGUUCCAUUUCCGUGGCCGCCCCCUUGGUCUUUGCCAUCCUAUUGCUCAACGCUGAUCUAGGGUCGUGCGGCUGCUUCAAACGCAUCUUCACCUUCGGCGACUCCAUCACUGAUGCCGGCAACUUCGCGUACACCGGUCGUAACAAUAAGAAUCCGGGUCCACCUUCGGUGCCCCCUUAUGGAGAGACCUACUUCCACCGUCCCACGGGACGUGCCUCCGACGGGCGUCUCAUCGUCGACUUCUACGCGCAAGCGUUGGGCCUGCCGCUGCUGCCGCCGAGCCUGCCCAAGGAGAACACGGGCCAGUUCCCGGCCGGCGCCAACUUGGCCUUGUACGGUGCCACGGCGCUAAACCCGAACUUCUUCAAGAGGUAUAAAUUCGGUGUGCCGUUUUCUUGGAGCCUCGAUGAUCAGCUAGCUACAUUCAAGAAAGUGCUGGCACGGAUUGCUCCGGGAGAUGCUGCCACCAAGAGCCUACUGAGCGAGUCGCUGAUCGUGUUUGGUGAGAUCGGCGGCAACGACUACAACUUCUGGUUCUUCGCAGGACACGGCGAUGACACACACACGCCCGAGCAGUACAUGCCCGACGUGAUUGCCCGCAUAGGCGACGGCGUCCAGGAGGUGAUCAACCUCGGUGCCAAGACGGUCCUUGUCCCGGGGAACUUCCCCAUCGGGUGUGUGCCGGCGUACCUGAGUGGUAACAAGAGCAACAAGUCGGCGGACUACGAUCAGUACCACUGCCUCAAGCGGUUCAACGACUUCUCCCAAAUGCAUAAUCAGUUGCUGAAGCAGGAGGUCGGCAAGCUCAAGUCGCUCAACGCCGACGUGAAGAUCAUCUACGCCGACUACUAUGGUGCUUUCAUGGAGUUCGUCAAGAAUCCCAGUAGGUAUGGCAUUGACGACCCUCUGGUGGCGUGCUGUGGUGGCAAUGGCCCCUACGGCACCGGCCAUACGUGCAACCAGACGGCGAGGCUUUGCCCCGACCCGUCCAGGUUCGCCAGCUGGGACCAGGUCCACAUGACAGAGAAGGCGUACAACGUCAUUGCCAAUGGGGUGCUCAACGGCCCGUACGCCGACACACCGUUGCUCCACGUUUGCUAG